CACCGCUAGUUACUUCCGGGUUUGUUUCUCUAGUGCGAGGGCUCACAUUGUCGCAUGUUGGGCAAGACACAACACUAUCAAUGGCGUCUACAAGUCACUCACGAGCUUACACAGACCUUCUAGGCUACCUGGUGAUUUUCGCCGUGGCUAUGGAUGUGGCCACAGCAAGCAUUCCGGCGACGUGCGGAAGAGAACUUGGAAUGAAAAAUAAUGACAUAAGAAACGACCAGAUAACUGCUUCAUCAACGUACCAGUUGGCUGGCCAGGACCCAUGGAGCGCAUUUUAUGCAAGAAUAGGGAAUAGAUACGCCUGGUAUCCUUCUGUAGACAAUAAGAAUCAAUGGCUUCAAGUCGACCUCAGGAAGCAGAUGGUGAUCACCGGAGUACAAACACAGGGGCACUAUACGAGGGCAUUUGGUUCCUAUUAUGUGGAAACAUUCAAGCUGCAAUUCAAAACUGAUGAAACUUCUAGUAGCUGGCUGGACGCUUUUGAUGGGAAGGAAUUUGAAGGAAACAACGGUGCGAACAGAAUAAAACACAACAACUUUACGACGCCCGUUGUCGCAUCAGCCAUCAGAUUUCUACCACUCACGUGGCAUGAAGGAAUCGCUUUGAGAGUGGAGAUUCUUGGAUGCGACUUGUCAGACAUUACCUGCAGAGAACCCCCUACAAUCACCAACACUUUGAUCACGACGAGCAGCUCUAGUGAUUCAUUCGGAGCAUGGAGAAAAUACGAAUGUGCUGCUGGCUUUACUUCACCCGCCCCAGACUACGAUUUGAUCUGUGGUAUUAACGGUGCCUGGUACUGGACCAAUGGAGCACCUGACUGUACAAGAAUCCCGACUACAAGAUCUACCCAACUACCAAUAAGUACGGUGCCUUUGGUAAAGAUCACUACAGAGUCGACGGCUGGCAUAGCAGCAGGUUUAUCCAGCAAUAUAAUUCCCAUUGCUGCAGGCGUCGGUGGGGGUCUGGUCCUUCUGGUGGUCAUCAUCAUAAUAGUCGUUGUGUGUAGAAGGAAACGCCAAGGCAGAUCGGAUACCGUGAAGUUAGAGGACCUGUCGGGCCCUCGAGCUCCCACGUCAACUGGCGCGGAGGAACGUCCAGAGGAAGUCAGCAUGGUGCGCAACGACUUGUACGAGUGGGAAGACGGCACAGGAUCCACAGGAAGUCGCCAGGGGGAGCACCCAGAGGAAGUCGGCUUUGUGCGCAACGACGUGUACGAGUCGGUCAACAGGACGGGGGACGAGUCAUCGAACGUCACGCUCCUACCGGCCCACGAGGGAACUGCAGCUCUUUAUACAGCUGUCAAUAAGAAUCGUCAGGGUGCUGACGACACGGGCAUGGUGGAAAACAUCAUUUACGAAACACGUAACUGAGAUCAUAGUUUAAUAACUGAAGUCUUUUAACCCUGCUAUAUAUGCUGUGACGCUUGCACUGCUAUGUGGCCCAAGGGGCAGAGAAAAGGAGAUAGGCGCUGCCAUAUACACCAUAUAUUGUGGAAAUGACUUGCGGCAUUGUUUACUUGGCUAGUGGAUGAUAAUAACGUGAAUGGUUUUGUGUAUAAUUUUACUGUGAAAGAAAUAUGCACCACAAUAGCUAAUAUAAAUUUUGAAAAUUAUCAUUUCAGUGGAAAAGAUUUGGAUUAAGUUAGUUUGGACUAAUUACUAUGUCAGUGAAAUCUUUUUGUAGUUUGUCAGUGAAAAUUAUGAAGUAUUUUGUAUGUAUAUUAUUAUGACAUUUUGUGCAAUUUUACAUUGAUAUCAAC